UAUUCCAAUGGUAAAGCCCUGUCAGGAGCCAUGGCGAACCUGAGCAUGGCUUCCAUGUCUGCUACUAUAUUACUCCUUGGAAUCGUUAUAACAAUCCCAACAGGUGUUCAAUCCAUUGGUGUUUGUUAUGGAAUGGUUGGGAACAACCUACCCCAACCAAGCGAGGUAGUGGAACUCUACAAAUCUAAGACGAUUGGACGAAUGAGGAUCUAUGGUCCCAAUGCUGAUGUACUCCAAGCCCUUAAGGGAUCCAACAUUGGACUCAUCCUAGAUGUCCCCAAAGAAGAUCUCCAAAGAUUAGCCUCCGAUCGUUCAGCAGCAAGUAAUUGGGUCCAGAACCACAUAAAGUCCUAUCUACCAGAUGUUUCAUUUCGAUAUAUUGCUGUAGGCAAUGAAGUGAUCCCUGGAAAUUAUGCCCAGUAUGUGCUCCCUGCCAUGAAUAACAUCCAUUCUGCUCUAUCUGCUAGUGGUCUACAAAACCAAAUUAAAGUCUCAACUUCAGUUUCUCAAGGGGUCCUUGGGACAUCAUAUCCUCCUUCUUCUGGUACAUUCUCUUCUGAUGCAUCAAAGUACUUAGGACCUAUUGUUAAUUUUUUGGCUAGCAAUGGAUCCCCACUUCUAGUGAAUGUGUACCCCUACUUCAGUUAUAUUGGCAACAUGAAAGAUAUCAAGAUCGAAUACGCCUUGUUUACAUCACCGGGAACUGUCGUAAAUGAUCCACCAUAUGGCUAUCAGAACCUCUUUGAUGCACUAGUUGAUGCAAUUUACUCAGCACUAGAGAAGAUGAAAGGUUCUAAUAUCCCGAUUGUAGUGUCGGAGAGUGGUUGGCCAUCAGCCAAUGGUACUGCAGCAACAAUGGAUAAUGCAAAGACAUAUAAUCAGAAUUUGAUAAAUCAUGUUAGUCGAGGGACACCAAAAAGGCCUGGAAAAGUUAUAGAGGCAUAUGUAUUUGCCAUGUUUAAUGAGAACGAGAAAAAGCCAUCAGGGACCGAGAAUAACUUUGGGCUGUUCUACCCCAACAAGACACCGGUCUACCCAAUCAACUUUGGUUAAAGAUGAGAGAGGUUGACAGUCAUAAGAAUUAUACAUAAUUUAUGUAUACCACCUAAAAUAAACCAUCACAGGUGAUGGAUGAUGUUCUAUUUUCAUGUUGAACUUUGUAGUUAAGACUUUCCAUGUUGUCACAUAGCUCAAGGUGCUUGAGAAAAAGAAUAUGAGGUUCUCUAACCAGAAUCACAAAAUUUCUUCAGUAAUCAAAUGGUUGACAAAUCCAUUUAUAAAUGCACAUAGAAAUUUAAAUUGCAGUUUUUUUUUUU